AUGCUCACUUCAAAGAGCCCGUCGCCUGCCAGCAGCAACUACGACUUUGCGCUGCGCUAUGAGCGGGUGAAGCUUCUCGCGAAGGUACUGAAGCAGUUUGAUGGGUACGUCUCCCGCACGACUCAGGCAAUGCGGGAGGUGGCCAGCUGCCUCUCGCUCGUUGGCCACAGCUAUCAUGAAGUUGCGCAGUGCGUCAACAACACGAACCCACACAGCACAGUGAAGCAGUCCUACAUCUCCUUCAAUAACCUCAUUCGCGGGAACUACGGGACCGACUUGCAGAGCGCGGCCACGCUCUUCUCGUCGGAGAUGAACAGCAUCAAAAAUGGCGAGCAGUACCUGUUGUAUAAUGGCUCCAUGCAUAAGGCGGUGCUGUCGCGGCUGCAGGAAGUGCUGAAGAGUGCACAGAAGGCGCGCGACCUUGGCAAUGAGGUGAAGAAGGCACACAAAAAGGCUGUGGCCUCGCAGAAGCUUGUUCGCAAAAAAGAGUCCAAGUACGCCCGCAUGGGUCGGCCCUUGACGGAGAGCAAGCUCUAUGUGAAACAGUCGGAGAAGAUGCGGCGCCAUGAUGAAGCCUACGAGGCGAAACUGCGCACCUUUGACGUAGAGUUCGAGUCGCUGAUGCAACGCCAGCUGUACCUGGCGGGUCACAUGAUGGAUGACUUCCUUGACGUGAACACGGUGUAUCUGUCACACAUGCUGAAGGUACUCAGCUGCCUAGCCCCGCACGGCGUGGAGGCUAUCGAGAAAAUGCUGGACAGCGGCGGGAAACUCGGCGAGCGCCUCGGCGUCGCGCCAGAGGAUCGACUUAACAGUCGACUGAGGACGCAAACCGUCAGCAUGCUCAACGGGUGCAAUGUAACCCCGGUGAGGAGAGGCGGCGGCGCCACACCUGACAAGGGAACCCCUGCCAAGUCCAGUCGCGGCGGCUCUUCACACAACUUCACUAACUACUACGAGAACCGCCGCCACUCGACUCUGUCCGCCGAGCGCGCACCUCUGACAGCGCGCGCUCUUGACAAGGACGGCGACGAGAGCAAUGGGUACUGUUGCACACUGGAUGGAACGCCGCAGCGUCAGCUCAUCUCAAACCAGACGCCGUUGAGAGCUGCCUCUGGCACCACAGAAAUGUGCAGGGCAACAGGUUGCGCGUUCUCGGUAGGGGAACCGGACUCGUCACCGCCACUGCGCGCCCCGUCUUUCCCUGCUGCCGUGCGGCGCGGCGAUGCCACGCUGGUACAGUACGCCGACCGGUUUGCCAUCAGUCUCCCCGUUUCAUGUAGAGCGCCGGGCACGAUUGCAGACGCUGGAAAAGAGGCCAAGCCCAUCAUGAGAGCAGCACCAGUCACGGUGGUGGCUACGACCGAUGGCUGCCGUGGUGGUGCUCAUGAUGCGACCACCGCACGCGCGACUCGCGAGCUCAGGCCCAGCCACGCAUCGUGUGGCGGUGGAAGCACGCCGACUGUUGCACUUCCUGCACCUCACCUUGCGCUAGCGCCGCCGUCUCAGUGCCGCAAGGAGAGGCCGUCGGGGCGGUCAUCAGGCUGCUCAGCGGUGCUGGCUUCUCAAGCGGCCAAGUAUGAACUCAACCAGCCACGACCCACGGAGCCCUUUGGCGACGACAGCGUCACCAGCGCCUUCAAGCAAACGCCGCGCUUGCCCUUGGAGCCCAUCUCGUUGUUUCCUCUUGACGUCGACGAGAGCUAUGUCUCCCAGCAGACGAUUCCGCGCAUGUCGACGGCAUCGACCGUUGUUGCUGAUGCUGUGAUACAGCAGCAUACACUCUGCGACAAGAAGAAGCGCAAGACCACCGGAAUUUCUGCUGCUACGGGAGGAGGGGUUCCGGAGCUGUGCACCGCCUCUGCCCCACCAGACGAGGACACUGUGAGCAGUCGCACAGACAUGCAGUCUCAGGAGGCAUCGGUAAGCAGCAUGGACGAUUGUUAUGCCACACUUGGUCAUCACCCGCGGCCACAGCAGCAACGCGACUUGAAACAACGUUCUCAGCGCGACACUGCACCCGCAAACUUGGCACUCUUCCCGGCAGUGGGGCCGACAGGUGACUCUGGGACUGCUACGUACCAAUGCUGCGGCGACGGACUCUAUUCCGAGGGCGGCGGGGUAUCGGCGAGCUCGCACAAUUUUUCGGGAAGCUGCGGAUUGGACAGCCCUGCACCGACGCCUCAGCCGCGUGCGCUAGGCACGGAUGCAUGGGAAGAUUCACAAGUGCAGCCAUGCAGCCCCGCGUAG